GUUCCCAUUUCACACAAGAGUCAAAAGCUCCUCACUACUUGGCAUAUUCUUCCUGUUGUUCUGCAAAAAAAAGUCAAUUUUAAAAGCUCUUUUGUUAGAUUACCUACAGAAGUAGUCAAUCUAUUGAGAAGAGAAGAAACAAUUCUCCUUUAUAGAGGUGCUCUGUUUCCUCUGGUUUUUUUCUAUCUCCUGUUCCUAAUUAUUCUUCUGCAAGAAAUUGCCCAUCAUGCAACAAAACAAUAGAUACAGUUUUUAUACAAACAAUGAUAUUGGAUCUUCUCUUUCUAAUCUAAUUUUAAGUGGUGGGAGUGGUAGCAAUACCUUAGAUUCAAUAUUCACUCAAUGCCCAUCAUCAUCAGUUACCUCUAACUCCCCCCAUCAACCUCUAGGCUCUUCAGUUUACCUGAAACAGAGAGAUUUGCUCCAGAAAUUCUCCGAGCAAAACAUGGGAAAGAUCGGGAAAUUGAGUUCAACGAUAACAAUCCCGACUAGGUACUCUGGGUAUUCGGAUUACUAUAUGAAUCCCUACAAGAAGAAGCUUUACAGAGGAGUGAGGCAGAGGCAUUGGGGUAAAUGGGUGGCUGAGAUCAGACUACCUCAGAACAGAAUGAGGGUCUGGUUGGGGACUUAUGAGACGGCUGAGGCUGCAGCUUAUGCUUAUGAUCGAGCGGCUUAUAAGCUACGAGGUGAAUAUGCACGGUUGAAUUUCCCAAACCUCCAGGAUUCAACUCAAUUGGGGUUGAUUGGAGAUGGGCAGAGGCUGAAUGCUCUUAAGAGUGCUGUUGAUGCCAAGAUUCAGGCUAUUUGCCAGAAAGUGAGGAGAGAGAAAGCCAAUAGGAAGAACAAGAAGAACAAGAAGAAGAAUGACAGUGUUGGUAGUGAUGAAGAAAGAGAAAAAGUGAUGAAAACUGAAUAUUCAUCUUCGAUUUCGUGUGUUGGGAACGAAUUGAUAUCACCAAGUAUGUCUGAAGAUGGGUUCUGGAAGGGAGAGAGUUCACGCUGUUCAGCCUCCGGUGAGUCAAAGGUGGCGGUAGGGGCGGUAACAGAUGAGUCGGAGUUUGAAGGAUGCUCUCUUGCUCGUCUGCCAUCAUAUGAUCCAGAGUUAAUUUGGGAAGUUCUAGCAAACUGAGACUUAGUAUCCAUCCAAAAGAGGGGAAUGCUGAAAUGUCUUUCCCCAUGUAAAAUGCAGAUUCAUGAU